AUGAAAGCACUCUUUUCUAAGGCUCACAAGAGUGGUGCGGAUAAGAAAAACGAGGCACCCUCAACACCUCCCAAGAAUCCGUCAGCCUCAACGAACACAAGUAAUAGCCCAUCUUCAAGCAUACCAAUCACUCCCACUCUUGCAACAGCUUCGGUAACAUCCUCUCCAUCAUCAAGCCCAAUAAGGACGCCCACCAACUCCAUGUUUCCGUCGGUUAGUGAAGCUUCUUCCUCACCUCAACAGAAAACACAAUCACCACUUUGGAAGAAACUCUUUCAGCCUGAACAAACUGGUACAACUUCUAAAAGAAAGGAUUCAUUUUCUUCUAAACACGGAUUGAGUCCUUCUGCUCUAUCCACCAAAGAUGUGUUUCAUUUUGAUUUUGUAGAAGAUGGCCAUGCUCACUCCCCUCGUUCAUCCAAGAAUUCCAAUACCAUCAUUCAAAGGCAUACGAAUAUGGACCCUUCCACCACCACUCCGAAAGACUCUAUUUUCAACAAGUAUGACUAUGACGAGUAUGGAAUGGUUAUGGAUCCAAUGACUUGUCUGAUGGACAAGGAUGAUGUUUUCAUUUUGAGCUCAAAAUUUGGAAGAAUUAAGAGUGUUGGAGGUGCAAAUAACCAAACACCUUCACAGACCCUCAUUGAGGAUUGUAUUUUAAUCAUUGGUAAAUUGAAUAUAUAUCGAAUUGAAAAAGACUCUUCCCAAACAGUGGAGCUAUCCGAAUAUGAAAAAGAGGUGGAGCAGGAAAUUAUGAACAACACUAAAAAUCUAAUGAAGCUUGCAAGAGAAGAAGAAAUGAAACGCUUGGGCCUUAGUGUUGACCAGCAGCUACCUGCCGAACUUGCUAGUGACCCUAUUCUCGGAAACAACGGUCCAAAACUGUUACUACAAACCGACAUUACAGAACCUGUAGAAGAUGUCAACUUUAGAUCCAAGUGGUUUGUCAAAUGGAAAGUUCCAUGGUGUAUGAUUAAUUCCAUUCUGUCAGGAGAGCACGACAGAGUGUUCACCAUUUCGUUCCACAAAAGCGCAAGCCCCACAGGGUUUAAGCUAAAAGAUUUUCAAUGUUGUACAAAGGCUGACAAGGAUAUUUGGGUGAAUGUUCUGACUUCGCUGCUGAAAGAAUAUAAUCAGGAAUAUUUUGAAACAUUGAUCGUUCCUUCUCCUGAGGUUUAUCAAAGCCAUCUCUACAUGCAAAAAAACGAUUCUCAAAAGCGAGCAGUUGUUCUCUCAAACAAGAAGCUGUACAAUGUCAAAAUGGCUAUUGGUGAGACUGACGAAAAGAAAAUUAAGCAUAGGUUUUCUGUUCCUUUGGAGUACAUUAAAUGUGUGAAAUCAUUCACCAAGACUCCCAACGGAAUUGAAAUUGUGUUCGAUAAAAAGAAGGCUUCCAAAGACAAAAAUUGCAAAGGAUCCCUUUCUGAGCAAUAUUCGUUCGUUACGGACACUGAAGAAACCAAGAUCCAAUUCCUCUCAGAGCUAGCCCAAGUGUAUUUCUUCCAUACCAACCAGGAUCUUGCGUAUGAAAUGGUGGAUGGAUCGAUGUCCAUGAAAUAG